CUCAUGUGUUGGCGUACAUGUACAUGUAGGCCCAACGGAUGCAAUGGCGACUGCCGAUUUGCCAGUGAAAUUGAGUGAAUUAAAUGGUCUAAUAUCGACAAAAAGUGGUCUACAUGUCGCGGAAAAGGCCCAAGAUCUUGUUGUUGACCUUGGGCAUCUCUGCCUUCGUCAGUUAUCUGAAAAUGAGUUAGCAUACUGCUGCUCACAGCUGUUUAAUAAGGACAAUGGCAUCCUGGUGUUCCUUAACAAAGCCAUCCCCAAAGAUGAGUUGAAGGGAAGCAAGGAACAACUUCUGGAGUUUCUUCAUGCAUUUUUGCUCAAGGCGGGUUCCCGCCUGCUAGCACGCACUGUAGAGAUUAAAAAGAUCUGUAUCUCUGCUUUCAUGAGAGAUAAAUCAGCCAAAGUCAAGACAAAGACAUUUCCCGUACUGAUAGAGUUGUUGCAACGUUCUGCAUCAGCUCAGAUGGAGGCAGAUCUUGAUAUUCCUAAGAUGAUUGAGCUUUACUUUGAGCAGCUUAUGCAGCCAUCUAAGCUCUCACAAACAGUCAAGCAAGGUAUUUAUUGUCUGUUGGGUGUUCUUGCUGAAAUCUAUCCUGUUUUGAUGUCUGGAUAUUCAGAACGGCUGCUUAGUGUCUACAUCGCAACACUAAACCAGCAGAUGACAUCGAAGACCAGAAAGCCGGAACUUACAGUCAUAGCUGGUUGCCUGACUGGCUUGGGACAUUACUUGGUCAAUUUCACACAGUCAGUUGAAGAAGGUGCUAAGCAUUCCAAAGAUAUCUACAGAUUUGCCCGCAUGGCCAUUGAUCCAACAGUGGACCACACACGCUAUGAACUCAACAAAGCUGGGCUGAAUAUGUUUGCCAAGCAUUCAGCCCAGUUUGGCCCGUAUUUGUACAGUGACCAUCAGGACUUACAUGAGGCUUUCAACAAGUGGAGUGCCCACAACAACCCAGCAGUAAAAGCUGUUGGAUUUGCGGCUCAAGAGGCAUUUCUUCAACAGAUUGCUGAGAUACUUGUAGAGAGAGCAGCCAAACGAGAUGCGUCAGAUAUGGCUGUGUUCAGGUUCUUUGUGAAGCGAUUCCGUGACAUUAUUGACAAUCCUCAAAGUGAUACAAGAGCUCUUUCUUCAGCUGUCAGAGGAUAUGGAUACUUUGCUGCUCCUUGCAAGUUGUUUAUGACAGAUGAUGAUGUCAAGUUCAUGUUUACAGAAAUGAUUCAAAGGAGUGAACAGCUGUAUCUUCAGCAAGGAGAAGUUUCUGAUGACAAACUAAAUCAGCUUCCUAACUUCCUUGAGGCACUUGCAAGCAUCAUGAGACAGCUGGACGUGCUGUCAGAUUCAUUCCAAGCAGCUCUAGAGCGUCUUGUCGUCGUUCAAGUUAGCAGCUAUCCCAGAGUACCUAAUAAGUACCAAUACUUAAGUCAUCAAGCCAUCUUGUUGGUGUUGAUUGCCUUAUCAUCAAAAGGUGCAACACUAAAGAAUUUCCUUUCAAGAGUGGUUUAUCAGGCUUUGGUACAGACUUGCUCUCACCCUGUGGUUCUUGACGGAAGCCCCUCGAUAGAUCAUCCAGUCUUGGGAAAUGAUGAUCAGGAUACUGAAGCUGAUAUAUUGGCUGAUGCCAGACACAUCACAUACAAAGAUUAUGUGAAGUUGUGGGCCAGUCUGCUAGACAGUACCCACGUAAAGGAAGUCCAAGCUAUGGGGAUGAACUAUGCUGACCGACGGAAGAUCCAUAUAAUCCUGUAUGAUGAGUUAAUCUUUUCCAUCUUGAAGAUUCUGAGUAAAUUGGACUUGACCUCCAAUAAGGACACAACCGAACUGCAAGAUCAGGUGGCUGUAGAUUCAGAUUCCACAGAAGAUGCCUCAUCAGACCCUCUACAUGGUUUGCAUGCCACUAAGCCAAAGGAUUUCCAGAUUUUUGUCAAUCUGGUUGACUUUUGUAGAGACCUCCUCCCAGCCAAUCAGCCAGCUUUGUUCAAACAGUGGGUCUAUCGUUUCGGCCAUGAGGUUAUUCUCUUGUCCUGUCGAUUGCCAUUGGUCAGUGGUUUUUACAAGCUGCUGACUGUCUGCAUGAAUAUCUGCACCCAAAUCCAGUUCUUUAAGUGUAUCAAGCCAUCAGACCUUAGCAGCCAAGAAGAUUCCAUGGAUAUAGAUCUCAAUUUCUCCUCUAGUUCAUCUUGUGUCUCAGCUUCUGAUCGCUGCAUCUGCUUCACCCUCUUCGCAAAGUUCUCCAAAGAGGUCUUGGUUCGUCUGAAGCAAUACAAAGAUGACUUGCUGGCAUCUUGUUUGCUUCUUGUGCUGUCUCUACCCCAUGAGAUAGUACAAGCUGAGGUGGCUCACCUUGUGCCUGCAUUGCAAAUGACAUUUCAACUUGGACUUAGCUAUCUACCCUUGGCUGAGACAGGUCUAGAAGCCUUAGAAAGAUGGAUGCUGCAUUUACUACCUGACUCCCUCCAGCCACAUCUGAAAGUAAUUCUACCUCUUCUUGAUGGGUACCUUAGAGGUACUAUCACUCAAGGUUCUGAUGCAGCAGACGUUGUUCAGACAGUGACAAUGGCAAGUGCGUCUAGUUCUGGACGUGCUGGUAAAAGAAAGCUUCCAGCCAAAUUGAUUAAGGGUGCCAGCACCACUGGACAGACCCAAGACUCACCCUUACGCAGUGUUCAGCUUCGUAUCCUGCACCUUUUGGGAUCACUUGGUGGUCAGACUAAUGCAUACCUUCUAGAGACAAGUGCUGAAGAGAUUGCCAAAGUGGCCGUAGCUUGGGACACCCAACCAAGAUUACAAUUUGCUGUUCCAUUUGUUGACAUGAAGCCAAACAUUGACCUGGAUCGAUAUCUGCCAAGGGUUGUUGAACUUGCUUUGACAUCAGGUGAUCGACAGACAAAAGUAGCUGCGUGCGAGUCAUUACAUACCCUGGUUCUUUUUAUGCUUGGAAAAGGAACACAACAGCCAGAACAGAGACAAGCAAAGAGUCCCAUGCAGCAUUUGUAUCGUCGUGUCUUUCCUGCCCUCUUCCGUCUUUCUUGUGAUGUGGAGCAAGUUGCUAGGCAACUCUUUGAACCUCUUGUCAUGCAGUUGAUUCACUGGUUUACUGGUAACAAGAAGUUUGAAAGUGAAGAGACUACAGCACUACUAAAUGCCAUGUUAGAUGGUGUCAUUCAUCCAACUGACACUUCACUAAGGGAUUUCUCAGCUUGUUGUCUGAAAGAAUUCCUGAAGUGGUCUAUCAAGCAAACAUCAAAGAAACAACAAGAAAAGAGCCCCAUUAAUACAAAGUCCCUUCUGAAGCGUCUGUAUAGCAUGGCAUUACAUCCAAGCAGUUUCAAGAGACUUGGUGCUGCGCUGACUUUCAACCAUAUAUACACGGUAUUUCGUGAGGAAGAUUCUUUGAUUGAUCAGUUUGUCUGUGAAAUCCUGGUUACUUUCGUGAACAGCUUGGCGUUGGCUCACCACGAUGACAAAUCACUUGGAACUCAACUGCACGGUGUGGAAGUCUUGAAUCAUCUUGAAAGAAUCAUCAGAGUCAAGGCAGAUAUGCUGAACAAAGAGAGUAAGAUCCGACGAAUUCCAAGGGAGUUUCCUGCAGGUGUUUGUCCUACACUCAGCAUGCUUGUUAUCUGGUUGCUUCGUCAAUGUGGGCGUGCCCAAACAGAAUGCAGACAUCAGUGCAUGAUACUUAUCUACAAGAUUACUCCUCUACUGCCAGGUCACAAUACACCGCAGACAUGGAUGCAGAACACGCUGAAAGAAAAAGGGCCAGACUAUUUUGUAUCUAGAUUUGAAGGUGGUGGAGUGAAAGCAGCAAGCCGUAGUGGUAUCAGCAAAUAUCCCACCCUGUCUACCAUGGGUCAGCCUUUCUCUGUCAAACUUGCUUGUUCUUGGUUUGACCAUCUUCUGGCAGCUCUGGACUGUUACACAUGGGUCUUUGGAGAGAAACUUCUGUCACCAUCAGUUGUAUAUACAGCUACAGCAAGAAGACCCUCAGUUCUCUUCCAGUCACUUCAAUACUUCUUAUCCAGCUUGAGUCUCCUUGACAUUACUGGAGCUGCUCGUGGUAUUGAGUAUGGUGGGUCUAAGACUUCUGCCUUUCACCAAGUCUUUACUCCCAGAGAGUCUGAGGAGUAUAACCAAGAGAAGUGCACAGUGAUUGUCAGACUGUGGGAUUUCUUGACUGUGCUUUUAGAGAACUAUGCUAGUGACGCUGUCAAGGUUAUUCCCAAGUCCAUUUGGCAAGAUAGCUUGUUUGAUCUAGUUGUUACUUGCAUUCUCCAACCAACUGUGGUUGGAUUCAAUAUGGCUGACGUGGAAAUCAUGAACAACUUACCCAAAACGACUCGAAAGCUGUUGAGACUCAUGUCAACCCAUCUUCCAGCCAAUUUAAGGAACAAUCUAAGCAAAGCUGUCACUAGAAGUGUCACCAAAAGCAGUCAUCAUGACUUGACAAAACUCCUGCAAUCCAUGUUCGGCAGAGAUGAAGGCUUAACCACUGACCAUGGAAAACUGAUCCACCUCGUGAAGGGCUAUGAGCAGCUACAUCAGGCAAACUUACUGUCUGCAGCAACAACAGGCCAUGGAAGUGGCAGUUCUUUUGCGGUGAAGCUUUUCAUCACUGUGUUUGACUCUCUCACUACAUCAGACGAGGCCGGCAAACUACUGCAGGCUAACUUGACCCCAUUGUCUGUAGAGCUAGCAGAAAGUCUGCUUGACUUGGCAUUCCUGCUUGGGAUUGAGGCUAAAAUGCUUGUAUCCUGCCUACUUGACAAGACUGCACUCUUUAGUGGACGAAGUUCUACCUCCAAAGGUGCUGUCUUCUACACCACAUUUAAGACCAAACUAAAUGGUGAGAUGGCAGUACAAGCACAGAAGGUGAUUCCACUGCUGGUUAGAGAAGGUGGUAAAGAUGUGACUGUCGUGAGCAGUGUACUCAAUGGACUGUUGGAUUACUUAACAAGUAGUCGUGAAGUCAGGAGAACGCAUGGAAUGUCAGUGCACAGUGCCAUUCUUACUCAGUGGGAUAUUCUUAUGGGUGGGUUGAAGAAAGGUUGUUCAACUGACUUACAGAGCUUUGCCUUGUUGAUGCUGAGGAAACUACUUCAGAUUGAUGCAAAGUUUGUGAGUGAUACAACUCAUCCAGUAUUUUCAUCUGUGCUGGAGGCCUACUCAUUCAUGCUCACUGAUGCAUCAACAUCCUUGACCUUCAAAGCCCAGGUCAUGGACGUUCUAUUUUUCUUUACUUCUUUGCCAGAUGGUGAGCAAACCAAGUUGAGGUCUGCCCUUGACAGACUUGUUGCUGACAAUUUCCCCCUUAACUCGUCAGAGUUUCGGGUUGGAAGUCCCAAAUACAUUGACUAUGCGGGAGCACUGAAUAAGAUUUUAACUGCUAUGGUGUUGUCUGGCAAUUUGAUGCUGUUAGAGAUUGUUAUAAGCAUCAUGUGCCGAGAUGAGAAGCAUGCAUAUGAGGAUGAGAUACAAGAAUCUUUGGCAGCAUUUAUCAAACGUCUUCCUGAGGAAAAGCAGACAGCAGCUUUUGGUGUUGCUUACCAAAUUUUUUGCCAGGAGAACAGUUUCAGUAAAGAGAUACGUCGAGCAGCUAUUGAAAGAGUCUGUAUUCCACUCAUGAGAUUAGCUGGAGUCAAGGCACUGAGCAGUUUCUUCAAGGAAUGUAUAAAGAAUAUAGGAGGCAUCAUUGAUGCUAAGACAAUCAAGGCACCUGAGACAGUAUUUCAGAACCAACUGGUCUCUAAGACAUGCUGUUUUCAGCUAGUGGAACUCAUGUAUUCACGGCUUGUGAAGGAAGAUCUGUUCUCAAUGGACUCUGCAAUCAACAAGGCUUACACUAAUGACGUUAAAACAGGCAAGGAGAUGACACAGGCCUUAACAAAAGCAUGUCAUGCAGCAAAAAGUGAGGACAUUCGAGGGGAGACUAAUGCAUUAGAGCUACGUCGUCAAUUCCACUGUGCAGCUUUUAAUGCCCUUAUUGCUAUUAUCAGUUGCACUCAGACUGACAUCAAAUUCUACAAUGCUUUCCUCUUCUCUGAGAACACAGCAAAGGGCCAGUUUCUCCUGGAUAACAUCAUAGACAUCACCAAGAAUUACUCGUUUGAGAUUGAGAUGAAUGCACCAAUGGAACGUAAAAAGCGAUUUGUGUCAAUCCGAAACCAGAUACAAGACACAGUUGCUGGGAGCAGCAGCCAACAGAGCGACUCGGGCAUUGAGAUGUCUGGAUAUACUGGACGCUAUCUGUCUACCCAGUAUCUUGCCAACAGCAGUCUCAGUGAAGAUAUUCAACAAUUUGAUUUCUCUGGUGGUGUGCAGCAGUUUAACGCAUCCAUAGACAAAGAUCAGAGUUUAAGCCAAAGAAGCUCUGUGCCGCACAUCAAGAAACGCUACAGUAAUGAGGAAACACCAACUGUUGUAGUGCAAGGGGAAUACAUUGAAAUGGAAUCAGAUGCAUUAAAUCAACAUGAAUGCAUGGCAUCACUGACUGCAGUACUUAAACACAUGCAGGCCAACAAGAUCACACCUGAGAUUCCCGAGGGAAGUAAGGCUAGUGAAAUGCCUGGUUGGAUGGCAAGCUUACAGAAGAAACUGACCAGUCAAUCAACCCAUGUCAACAUUAAGUUGUUUAUUGCCAGAUUGAUCAUCAACAACAAUGAGGUGUUUACACCAUAUGCUAGAUUCUGGUUGAGUGGAUUACUUCAGCUACUGAUAUCAGGAAACACAGGUGGUGAAGGAAUACAUUACAUGGUGGUUGAUGUUGUGGUGGUCUUACUGGGAUGGGUAACUGUGGCAAUACCUGAGGACAAACGUUUGGCUAACAGGUUGCUUGAGUUCCUUAUGCACUUCUGUCACCAUAGCAACCGUCAGGUAUUACGGAACAAUUUAGAGAUGAUUAAGACACUUGUUGAAUGCUGGAAGGAAAUCAUAAGUGUUCCCACAAGUGUUAUAUACCGUAUUCUAGCAACUCCAGACCCAGAUGUGAAGGACAGCUCUACAGGUCUCCAGCUUCUUGGCAUAGUUCUAGCUAAUGGACUCCAUCCUAUUGACAAAGCUUCAGAUAUUGAUGAAGAAAGGUUUUAUGCUGCUCUGUCCUAUAACCUAAAGAAUCGUUACAAGAUGGUACAUGCUGCUGCAGCUGAAGUGAUUGGUAUGGCUAUGAAACAGAAAGCUGACGUUGAUAAGGUGACAGAUGGUUUCUUACAUUCCAUUGUUACUUCUGAACUGACCAAGAUCAGUGAAAUAAAACCAGAUGUGUUUGUGACUUGCAUCCACAAGCUGCAUUUCCACUAUCCUGAAUUUGCAGACCACUUCACCAACAAGCUGCUGUUUAUGUUACCUUCCUUGCAUGGUCAACCCAAAACACUUUGUCUGGAGGUUGUUGCAAGCAGAGUCAGUCACAUUCCCAACAUUUUCCUUGAGAUGAAGAGCAAAGGCAUUGUAGAGUUACUAACGCACAGGGAUGAAGGGACCCAGCUUGUUUCUCUGAAGCUGGUCAAUGCCAUGCUACCCAAUCUGAAACCAGAUGAAAUCCUGUACCUUCUUCCACCUGUGAGGACAGUGUUCAACCUUCCCAGCCCAGCAUGUAGAGAGGUCAUGUAUGAUAUACUCAUGUGGAUCUACGACAACUUCAGCAAUAGAUCUAGAGAUGAGGAAUCCCGAACAGAGGAUGGUGCUGAUGACAUACUAUGUAUGGCCAAGGACACAUUAUUACAAGGGUUGUCAGAUGAAGAGGCAUCUCACAGGUUGAGAGUGAGCAAUUUUUGGAGUCAUGAAACCAGACUUCCGACUGGUACACUUGAGCGGCUGGUUGCUAUGCUGGAAUGUAUGUAUUCUCCUGGGACGGAGCACCAGUAUCUGAGUUAUGCUUCCAGCCUGUUGCUUGAGAUGACAUCCAAGAGUCCUGACUAUAAGAGAGAGAUCUUUGAACAUCCACUCUCAGAAUGCAGAUUUCAGGAUGUAACCAUUGAUCACUCAUGGAAACAACGUCAUCUAGCCAUUUCUACUCCUAUGUUUGUUGAGACUCAAUCCAGUCAGGCCUCCAGUGGUUCUCAGUCACAGAGCCCUCCAGAUUCUUCGCUGAGUAGAGGAGAAAUAAGAGCCACACAAGAUGCUCAUCAAUUUAUUGCCACUCAGCAGCUUGAUGCUGUGGCCAGUCGUAAGAAUGCAUACAACUGGCUAACGGGAAGCCAAGACACUUUCGCUGAUUACUCAACCAGCUCUGCUUCUGAUCAGUCAUCCCUGCUGUUCACUCUUGGUGCCAGUAAGAAGAUGGGACGGGGAAGACAAGGUGUUAGCAAAACAGCUACAGAUGCAGGAUUUGGGAAGGAGAAAUUACAGAGUGAUCAGCCAAGAGGGAGAGAUGAAGUAGAUGCCAAACAAAGUGGGGAAGACAAGAAGAUAAAUCGAUUGAAGAGACGAUUUCUCAAGGACCAUUCCUCAAGUCAAGCUUACUUUGCUAGAAGGGAAAUGAAACGAAAGCAACUGAAGGAGAAAAUUCUUGAGGAGCAGAGAGAGCGGAAGUUCAGUACUGUUACUAUGUACAGACGUUACAGAACUGGAGACCUACCAGAUAUUCAGAUAAAAUAUUCAGAUUUGAUUGCGCCUCUGCAAGCAUUAGCACAGCGAGAUGCAUCUUUAGCAAGGCUCCUGUUCAGCUCUCUCUUUAGAGGAAUAUUCUCUGAGAUUGAGGAAGUCAAAACAGAGAGAGAGGCAGAAAGUACCAAAGUGGAAAUCAAUCGACAUCUCAACACAAUGCUGUCCACAUCCACUCAAUACUUCCCUCCAUUUAUCAGCUGUGUACAGGAGAUUAGCUACUACCACAGUGAACAGUUGACUCUUGUGCCCUCAACAAUAAGCACAGCCAGUUUGACUAGUCAGCAGAUGCACAUAGGGAUCCGUCUACUGGAAGAGAACCUGAUCCAGAAGCCAUGGCAAGAGGAAAAAAGUGCAAAGAGAGCACGUUUUGUCUCCAGGGAACCAUCACCAGAAAUAAGCACCUGGAUUGAACUAGCUAGAUUGUACAAAGCCCUUGGGGACUUUGAUGCAGUGCAGGGUGUAUUUAGUGCUUGCAUUGGUACCCAUGAGAUCACUAAGACAGCAUUAGAAGCAGAAGCAAGAGGAGACUACUCAACAGCUCUCAAACUCUACAAUCAGGCAUUUGAAAUGGAUUGGGAUGAAGGAGCUGUGUCUCAAGUUGAGGAGGAUUUGUGGGAUGAGUCUAGACUUAAUUGCUGCAACCAACUGACCCAGUGGAAAGAACUUCAGAAUUACUCCACAGUAAACAUUGAUGACAACAGCCCUCAUGACCUUGGCAAGAUUUGGUCUGAUACUUUUUAUCAGGAGCUGUAUCUACCGCAUAUGAUGCGCAGUAUGCUGAAGCAAUUAAUGGAAGGAGGAGAAGAUGAAACUCUGCUUCAGUUCAUUGAUGCGUCUAUGUCUGAUGCUGACAAACGAGCUUUCCUCGAGGCUCGCUACAGUGAGGAACUUUCAACUCUUUAUACAAUUCAGGAAGACUAUGACAGAGCUAUGUUCUACUUAGCAAACUGCAGGCAGUCAUUUCUUCAUGACUGGUCAGGACUUGGCCCUUUAAUGAUCUCUAGUCGCAGAGCUAAACUGCAGUGCAUCCAACGACUCACAGAAAAACAAAACUUUCUUAAACUUGCCAUCAAGCCAGAUCUGCAAGAAGCUAUUGGUUGUCAGAAGUCCUUAGAACUCCUUGAUAGAUGGUCUGGAUGUCAUCUUGAUUCUAAGAAGGAUCCUAUCAACAUAUGGGAUGAUGUUGUCUCUAACAGGCUGCUAUACAUGGACAAACUUGGCAGUCGAUUCAUUCGCUCAGAAUCUCAGCAAGCUGGGGAAGAGGAGACAGCGCUUGAGAAGAGAAUUUUACGAGAGAGACUGUGGCUAGAGCUCAAGAUGGCAGACAGUGCCUGUCAACAGGGAAACUUUAGUGUCGCUCAAAAGCAUCUGAAGGCAACUCAUGGCAGUCUGUCAGCACACGAAGAUCUCAAGCCUAAGUGGACACAUUCCUAUGUUCAAAUGAAUCAACAGAAGAUACUUACAAUUGAACUGAAGGAGCAAGUCAUGACUCUUCUGACAACCUUUGACCCACUUGCCAAGUUAUCCAAUACACCAGCCUUGACUGGAGACUACUGUCUUACCAGACAUCAUCAUACACUGACCAGCAAGUCUUAUGAUCUUGUCGCCAUUGCAAUUCAGAAAGGAGGGGCAGACAUCCUCACUGGACUAAGAAAUGUUGGUAAACUGGAUAAACUGCUUGGUCUCGUUGGCCAGAAUGCUACAAGACCUGAACAGAUAUGUAGCACCUUAUACUCCAAGGCAUACAGUGAACUGAAGCAGGCAGUUUCUCUUGCUGACAAGGAUGAUGCAGUCACAUCACAAUCAGAGAGAAGUAUGACUGAAGCAUACAUGGCAUUAGUUAGUUUCUGUGAUAGGAUGUUACGUCUUAAGGAGUCAGAUGAAGUCCCCAUGACCUACCUGCCCCAGACUGACAACUUCUCCCAAACUGUGGUACAUUACACCCUCAAGGCUAUGCAUUAUAGCUCACAGGAGGCUAGGCAACGGUUUCCAAGGUUACUGCAGCUUGUUGAAGCAUGUCCUGAUACAAUGCAACUCAUGAUUAAAGAGGUACAGUAGAACUGGCUGUCUUUA